GGGUGACCGAUUUUUUUACAUAAGUAUUUAAAUAAGGCAUAUUUAAAUUAUAUGCAAGUAUGGAUAUAGUGAAUGUUCUUUUCCUUCAUAACCACGUCCACUAAAAACUAUACCCUUUGAAAUGUGCAGCCGUGUCAAAGAACUUUCUGUGUCUUGUACGCCCCCUGCUGGUAAACAGUGCACGAUACAGCGCUCUACCUCAUGAGAAGUUCCCCAUGCUGCUCAGCUGCGGGUCUUUCAAACAUGGAGGAGAGAGAAAGAGAAACAAGUCGUACCAGGGAAGAACCCAAAGCAGGAACAAGCGGCGUUGCAACUGGAACGGGGAGACAGGCAGAAAAAGACAGUGAUGCUGAUAGUCACAGGGCCAGAUUAGAUGUCAGUUCUGAUCACUUCGACCCCCUGUUGGCGCUUUACUCCCCCGAUAUUCCUUUACCGUACCCCAAUGUGAAAUGUUUUAAUAACUUGGCAGAGUAUGAGAGCUUUUUAAAAGGCGGACGGGGGAGAGCUAAACCCGAGAAUGUGGAGAAGAAAAACAGAAAGUCGAAGAAGGGCGUCCCGGACCCAGAGAGGAUUGAACGUUUGAAAAAGCUUAUGGUUAAUAAUCCUGCGAGUGAAGAAGAGGGGGGCAGCGGUAGGAAGAGGCUUCCUCGGAGGGCAAAGGCACCCAAAAAUGUUCUCACCCGGAUGCCGCUUCACGCUGGUAGUCCCCUGGGAGAGUUGCAUCGCUGCGUUAAAGAAAGACUUAAGAUCAAAGUGCACAUUCGCACGUUUAAAGGACUGCGCGGGGUGUGCUCGGGAUUCCUGGUCGCAUUCGACAAGUUCUGGAACAUGGCCCUUGUGGAUGUGGAUGAGACUUACCGGAAACCAGUGCUGGGGAAAGCUUUCUACCACGAACCUGCGCUGACCAUCACAAGGAUUUUUGACAGACUAAAGCUGCAGGAAUCUGAAUCGCCCGAGUUUAAGAAGCCUGAUAAGACCCUAACAAAGGAGUCGGACGCUUCACCAGGGACGAGGAAGGAAGAUAAACCGGGGAUGGAGCUGCGGAGAUCGCCUAGAAAGUCUUACUCUUACCCCAAGGGGCAAACUUACACAAAGCCUGCAGAGAAAAGAGCUGCUGAAGCUGGGGAGGAGAGGAAGACUCAGAAGGGAGCGAGCACGGAAAGUGAGACAGGAAAAGUACAAAAGAAGGCAAAAGACAAGCCGACAGUAGAUUACCAGCAGGUGCACUGCAGACACGUAAACCAGCUCUUUAUACGGGGAGAGAAUAUACUGCUUGUUAAUUUACUGGAAUAAAUACUAAAGGCUUUAUACAUAUUAUGUAACUGAGGGCAUGGCAAGUCUGAACCUUCCUUACCAGGUCCUUGUUCUUAAUUAAACCCCAAUCCAGUUCUUGCAGCCUGGUGUAAAAUGGCCCUCCCGGACUGGAGUUGCCCAUGACUGAUUCUCCUCUAUCGACUGGCUCCAGGUACUGAAACGUGGAUGUCCUUCUCUAAAUAAGUUUGUCAAAGAGUUUCUGUAUACAGAUUGACACAGAGAGCCCUAUGGUGGUAAACAUAACCUUUUUCAUUGCUAUAUUAUUAUAUUGACCUGUUUUAUAGUACUUCAGUCCUAUAGUAUAUGUAUAUUUUAAAUGUUGUGCUAAUACUUUCAGUAACAUUGCAGUGUGUUUUGUUUCACACACACUGAUCUGUAAUUCAGUGUUGACUGCUUUAGAAUGUAGAGCUCCAGUAGAUGGCAUAAACAAUUGAAUGUAUGGUAACUUUGAAUGAUUUUGGUCUAUAAAUCAUACAUGAUUUUCUCAUUUUUAAUAGAUUACUUAACCGAAAGAAAUAUUUCCAUAUUAAAUCUAA